UUUUAUUUUUCAAUAACAUUGAGAAUAUGGUAAUUGGUAUCCCUAUAUUAAAUUGAUCUUCGUUUCGUAUGUAGAUUGAAAGUGUUUUAACAAUGUUUUGUGUGGCUGGCAACAAAACUUACUAUGGGAAAAAAUUUUCCAUGUUUGGGGAUUUCUCGCUCAAAAUAUUUGGGAAGCUAAAGCUGAAAGAAGAAGAAAAUUCUGCUGGGCAUUGGGUUUGCUGUUGUGGUUCAGCCUCCGAAGAUGAGGAAACUACGAUCAGACUUAUCGUAUUGAACGUCAAUUGUUUCGACUCGAAGCAACGUUUCAUUGACUCAUUAAGAGCUGCUUAUGGAGAAGGAACGUUCUUAUUGGGGCCUCACAUGACGUCAGCUAUCGUUCAUUCGUACGCCUGCUACCUGAAAGAAGACUUCUCCCAACAGGAGAACAAAAGGGUUUUCCAUGAAACGCGUUUCAUGGGAUACCAAGGGAAUAACUACUGGAUUAUUUCCAAUGAUGUGCAUAUUGAGAAUGGUAAAGUGUUAGAUCCAAUUGAUCAUAAGUAUCUAAUAUUGGACAAGUCUUUAAAAAACCACCAAUUGCAAAUUAACGAAAGCUUACUGAACCAUUACGCAAAGUUGAAUCGUUCUGUUGCAAGGUUCAUACUACUUUCGCAAUGCUUGGGCCCUAAUAUGGACUCAUUUUUGCUGGCAACAGCAUUCACUGUGGCUCGGUUGCUGAGGAAUGCUCUCAAUCCUGAAGAUGUUUGGGGAGAGAGUUCUAUUGGCAUGAUAUUCUCCGAAGAAAGGAGCAUAGGGAAAUCGGAGAGUCUAAAUCUCCUUGCUCGGGGUGUUGGAAUUCCCAAUCGAUCGCACGUAAUGUUACUAAGUGGUGGAGACUCCCAGACAUGUGGGACAUCUACAAAGAAAAUGCAAGAGAUAGCAUCGAGAACGACUGGGGUCAUAAUGAUUGAUGACCCUAAACCCAAUGUUAACUUCAGCGAGUUUCUGCUGCAAGCACAAGGGCGACUGAUGUCUGGAUCAAAUAAGGAGGGGAUGACAUCCAUCAAGGCCGCCACGUUAAUAUCGACGAAUUCUCCCGAAGUUUCCCGAUUAGUAGGGAGAGUUAUUAGGUUUAAUUACGUCGGCUGGAACGAGGAACGGAAUGAACAAGCCAAGUUUAACGACAAGCAACUGAAGGUUAUGCGAGAGUUCAUGCAAGAAAACAAGGGUAUUUUGCUUGUCUGGGCAAUUAAAUACCUGGAGUUAUGGGCUGAGGUUUUUGAACAUGCGCGUGAAAUUGUCGAAGAGGUCAGGUCGUCCAAGCGAUCUUCGAUGAAAACGACCUGA